UAAGCCUACUCGAGUCAGGACUCAGGGGCAGCGGAACCGGGGCGGCGGAACCGGGGCGGCGGAACCGGGGCGGAGCUCAGUUAUAGCUGGCAAGGUUUCUCCACACUCGGCAACCGGGUUAAAUGACAGCGAAAGCAGGCUCCCCUCCAGCUCUUGUACCCCGCAAUGCAACAAGUUAUAUAUUGCCCCUGAUUUUGAGCUGCACAAAUGUCUAUAUACGAUCUCACCCCUUGACGUCUUUUGGUACUCCGAUUCAUGCUACAGCUCUUGAGAAGAAUCGGAUUGAACGAAUCGCAAUUCUUGCCGCUCUAAAAUGUUUGGGGAAGGCCCCUUGAUGAAGGGGAGGCGCCUCGACUGGGCCAUUACUGGUUUG